AUGCCCGUCACCACUCGCAGCAAGCGCAAGGCCGACGACGCGCCCGCCGCCGAGCCCGCCGCGCUGCCCAGCACCAAGAGGUCUCGCAAGCCGAAGGCCGAGAAGGACGGCGCUGAAGCCGACAAAAAAGAGGAGGUUCAGAAGGAGAAGGCUGCCACAAACGGCGCCGCUACGGGCGAGGAGACCGCCGUCCCCUCUGUCGGCGACGUUAUCAACCUCGAUGGUUUCGGCGGCGAGAUCGAGCUCAACGACGGCGCCAAGACCACGCUCAAGGAGCUGGUCGACAAGAGCAAGAGUGGUGUGGUAAUCUUCACUUAUCCUAAGGCUUCCACACCUGGGUGCACCCGCCAAGCCUGCCUCUUCCGCGACAACCACUCUUCUCUCACCUCUACAUCAGGCUUCUCCAUCUACGGGCUGUCCGCCGACUCUCCCAAAGCGAACACGACCUUCCAGACGAAGCAGAAGCUUCCUUACCCCUUGCUGUGCGACACCAAGACGACUCUGCUGACGGCAUUGGGGUUGAAGAAGCCCGGCGGUAAGGGCGCGGCGAGGGGUGUGUUUGUGGUGGAUAAGACGGGCAAGGUGCUCGCGCUGGAGCUGGGGAGUCCCGAGGGGACGGUGAAGGUUGUACAGGGGAUUGUGGAGAAGUUGGGCGGUGGGGAGAGUAAAGAGGAGGAUGUGGAAGAUUCGAAGGAAGAAAAGAAGGAAGAAAAGAAGGAAGAUUCGAAGGAAGAAAAGAAGGAAGAUUCGAAGGAAGAGAAGAAGGAUGGCGAGGAGGAGAAGAAAGAAGAGAAGAAAGAGGAGGAGGCGAAGACGAAUGGGGAGAAGAAAGAAGGGGGCGAGGAGAAAAAGGAGCAGAAAUAG